UUAAGUGGAUUUUAUGGAUGUUUAGCAUUAUGGUAAAGGGUACGGGUUCGGAUCCUGGUUGGAUCAAUAAAUUUUUUUCUCUGUUUCUUUCUUUUGAAAAUCUUUCCAGUUUAUUCUCAAAGUUUUUUUGUUUCUUCUUUAUUACCACCAACCAAGCUUUAUUUUCACAUACCAACACAAAUCCAUUUAUUUGCAGAUUCCUUUCCAUUCUCUCUUUGGGUGUCAGUUUUAACUUCUUUUAUUUUUUUAAAGUUGGAAUUUUUGUCUAUAAAAUAAAAGGCAACCAAUAGCCCCACAGAACACAAUGAGACUGGAAGAAGGGAAAAAGUUAAAGAAUGCGGGAACAAGGGAAAAGGAUAGAAAGGAAGAAGAAUAAGCCACAACCACCCCAACAAGUUCUUUAAAAGAUUUGGCCCUUUGGUAUAUCUUCUAAGCUCUGACC